AUGAUUUUUCGGCAAUUUAUUUUAUUUUUGUACUUAAUUGCUCAAAAAUCUUGUGAAUUAAUGAUUGAUGUUACCAAGAAUAAUAUCGAAGUUGAGGCAGUCUCGACAGCAAUCGCAGAAGUUUGUGAAGAAUUUUUCAUCAAAAAAUCGAUAGAAUUUGACGUCAUUUUAUAUGGAACGAUUACAGAUCGUGUAAAUGGCAUUGUUGAUCAUCUGCUUGACAAAAUUUCUAGACAAUCACCAAUCACCAUAAUACAUAUCAAGAAUAUCACCAAUUGGAACCACAAGCUUCAACGUUCGGCUGUGAUUCUAUGCAGCAGUAACCUUAAUUUACUUAAAUUUUCAUACCGUGCGCAACUUACCAAUGAAUAUCAAAAAGAAUUGAAAUUUUUAACAUAUUAUAGACAUGCUAGUGACAUCCUAAUGACUAGUCACGAGCCAUGCAUUGUUAAGUAUACAUCCGACAUAACAACUGUCUUGUCGCAUCAAUUUUUCAUUGGAAAUUCUUUAGAUGAUCAAUUUAUGGAUCUCAUGACUUUUGAGAAUUUUGAUAAUAAAUCAUGCAACAGGCCACAGCUGCAUAUCGUCAGCAGAUUCAAUUUAUUAACACGAAAAUGGUCGGCAAAGUUUGUUAAUUACAAUAAAUUUGAUAACUUUAAUGGAUGUUUCUUAGAAGUCACGGAAAGAUUUGGACCAUCUUUGUAUAUCAAGAAUGGAACUAAUGAAGUCAAUGAGUGUUUAGGAAAGAUCAAUACAGUUGCGUAG